AUGUUGAGCUCGAAGAAGACUCGAGAAGGAAUCUUGCAGACAACGUUCCCAUGGAUUCAUCCACCCAAGAAGCAGGGCUUCCAGGAACCUGCGCUCUCACUCUCUGGAGGCCAAAUAGACUGCAUACCCUAUCGAGAAGAGGUUGCCAAGAUCAAGGAUGUGACGAACUUAGCAUUGUCAUAUCCAGUCGAUGCUCGCCAGCAGCAACGAUUGAAACGGGCUGGGUUCCGUACGCUUACCCGAGCUGAACGGGAGAACAGUGACAUGUGCCGAUUUCUUCUACGAAUGGGACGUUCCGCAUGA